AUGCCCGCCGACUCGCCGCACCCUAACCUCUGCAAGAGCAUCCUGUCCGCCGUCGCCCUGGGCUUCCCCCUCCCCACGCUGCUCAACUGGAGCGGCGAGUUCAACCGCCCAGAGUGGCACUUUGCAGGCAGCCACAUCGCAAAGCUCGAGAGCCUGCUCGCCGUCAUCGAAGAGAUGCUCAGCCAUGGUGACGACAUUGACGGUGGCGCGGACGACGAUGACCUGGCUGUUCUCGUGGACGCGUACGAUAUCUGGUUCCAGCUGCCUCCCUCGGUGCUCAUACGACGAUACCACCAGCUCAACGACGAAGCCAACGAACGCCUCCAGAAGCAAUGGCAAGCAGCAGCAUCUUCUUCUUCUUCUUCUUCUUCCUCCUCCAACUUUCCUCUCCCACCCCCCAAACAAUCCAUCAUCGUCACCACCGCAAAAGACUGCCAGCCAGACAGCGAAUCCGGCUCCUCCCCCCACUACGCCCACUGGCCCCCGUCCCCCAUGCCGCAGGAGCUCUACGGCCCCGAAACAGACACCGUCCUCCCUUUGCUCUUCGACCCAGCCCGGAAGUAUAGAAAGGUCCGCCCGAGAUGCAUCAACAGCGGCAUGAUCAUGGGAACAAUGUCCUCCCUCCGUCAAGUCCUCCGCCGGUGCAAGCAGAAGAUUGCCGCCGUGGCGCUCAGUGGCAGACAGCUCUGGAGCGACCAGGCUCUCCUCGGGGAAGUCCUCGGCGAGCAGGAGAUUUGGCGCGAAUGGGUUACGCAGCAGCUCUCUUCUUCCUGGAACGGCAGCGCUUCGACGUAUGAUCUGACGGUUCUGAGUCCGGAAGUACGUGAUAUCGCUGCAAAGGCCCUCGCGGGCGAACAGUUCGAAUUCGGCAUCGGACUGGACUACAACUUCACCACUAUUCCGGCAACCUGUUCCGCCGAAGAAGACGGCUACUUUGUCCAGCUUGACGAUGCAAACGCCGUCCUCGCCGAAUCCCUCAAAGCAGGGGUUCCCGAUGGUCCACGCAUAAAUAGCAUCCCCAAGGAACUCAUAGAUAACAAAGACAUCACUGCAGCUGCCGACCCUCUUGCAAAAGUCUCCUGGGGACACAUGCCGCUCUACACAGACUUCUUCUUCGGCGUCGUCCCCGUAGGCAUCCACCACAACGCCUACAUCGACGGCCUCAAACCGUGGCGGCUCAAGAACUGGUGGAGUCUCAUGUGGUUCCAUCCCCGCCUCCGGGAUCUCGUUUCCGCGCAUGUCCAGCCUUCCUCUGAAGAUGACGGCGACGCAGAACCGAGACCACUCUUGAACAUGUCGUCUCGUGGGGAUGAUGGUGGAGAACGUAAUCUGGUGUACUGGCCGCCAGAGAUGCAGCAGCGCGGGAAGAAGCAGGUAACCGUCUUUGAGCCAAGGAAAGAUGAUCGACCCGGGAGGCUGGUGCCGAUCGAUUGGGAUGGGGUGUGCCAGAAGGGGAGUACGCCUUGGCAUGAAGAGUUGUUUGGGGAUGGAAAGGGGCCGUUGGAGGUGUGA